AUGGUCAUCACCAAGCCAAACAACGCAUUCUCCGCCUUCUUCUCCUCCGGCCACGCCGACUUUCUGGCCCUCCUCCUCACGACGCCCAUCAGCACUUUGCUCCUCUACUGGUCGCUCAACAACACAGUGUUCUCCGGCUCUCUCCUCCGCAUCAUCGAGUCAAAUCGCCCAACGGUGCAGUUUGCCGUGCAGCUGAUAGCCAACCUGCUGUCGCUCUGCCAAAUCUUGGUGCUAUGCAGGCUCAUCAACUAUGGGAUUCGAAUACGCCUUGCGCGCAACGCGAUGAAACUGAACUCUGUGAGGGCGUGGAUUGACGCCAUGCAGCCGAGGAUUAAUUUCAGCCUUCCCAUUCGGUUUCUAUUGCCUCUUUCUGCAUUUGUGGCGCUGACAAUGAUCUUGUCGGCGCUCUGGGCCGCUGCGCUGACGCCGGUCCAGCUAUCGCAAGAUGUCGACCAAACCAUCAUUGUUCCAAGCUGGGACAAUGUUAGUCUCGUAAAAGAGUAUCCUUCCGAGGUUGGCAAAGAGGGAGCCACAGUGCAGAAUCUCAAAGGUCGGUUUUCGUAUUCUGUCGGCAACCAGUUGCUUGGAAGUCUCCUCGCCAGCGCAUCCUCCGCGACCACCAUCGACGGGUCGCCUAGAAUCCACGAAAAGCUGGACAAAUCUAAGUUUACGUACAUCGGUCGCUCUUAUGGCAUUGGUUCAUCGGUGGGGUUGGCGGACGAGGGAAUCUUGGAUAACAACCUGGCGCUCGGAUACGCAUUUCAAGAGACGGGAUAUAACGCCGAUGUAAAUUGCAUCUAUAAUGCUUCAAGCCAGUUUUCUCUAUCACCAACAGUCGAUAGCCUGAUCUAUGCUGCCAGUGGGCCCCUGCCUGACAGCGACAACGGCCCCGAAUACUCCGAUUACAUUGGUCACAAUAUGGAUCGUAUAGUUUCCGUCGGCGUCGCUCAUUUCGCCAACGAAUCAGCAGAUGUAUAUCCACUCCGAAAGUAUCUGGCGUUCGCGACUGGUUCGAACUAUGACUUCUUAAACAAGAUCCAGUGCGAUAUCAAUUUUGUCCCAACGCGAUUUAAUGUCACGGUGGAUUUUCAGGGACAAAACAUCACUAUCAAGGCUAUAAACGAUACCAAAAUCCAAGAUAUUAAUCCAAGCAGACGCCUAAAAAGCACCGUGAUGCGCCAAUUUGAGCUCAUUGCCAACGACGAGACGAAUCUCUACAUCUCAACAGUCGGGUCGGCGUUUAAUGCUUCCAUUACCGAUUUCCGAACCUACAUUCACUCCUCUGCUGCCGUUGAGAACUCCAUUACUGCCAUGGCGGAUGACAUGCUGGGUGCGUAUGCGUCAGCGCAGCUCAUGGUUGGCGAUUUAACACAAGGCAUAAAUGCUACCGUGCAAUUAACUGCCAUAGCAUUUGGCGGGAUCAAGUACAACAUCGCGAUAUUCGCUGUCAAUAUUGCCGUCAUCAUGCUGCUUUUGAUCGAGGUUAUCAGAACCAGGGGGUGGAAAGGCCUGCCCGAUUUUGAUGUCGCAGAUAUACGUCACUUGAUCAUUGCGGCGUCAGAGGGCGGAAAAGAACUGGGUAAUAUUGCUUUCGGACAGGAGAAUGACAUUAGAGACGUUCCAAUACGGUAUACAAAACUGAUGGGCGACCGUUUUGCGAUAGUGGCAAAUGAGGAGGCUGAGGGUGCAUUCAUGAUACAGCACAAAGGGCUUGUGAUUUCGACAAAGAGUUCAGUUACAGAGUUUGAUAAUAUAAUAUAA